AGCGGAAGUUUGAAAUAUUCCUACUGCUCAAGGCCAUUCUCUGGGAAAGUUAUAAUAGAUUGUUGAGGAAUAUUUUAUUCAGUGAUAAAUUACAGUGGUCUGACUCAUGACCAAUGACAGAAAGCAAGAAUUCGACUGAUAUCAAUGAGUUGUUACCACCAUCUUUAGCUGCUGUUAGAGACAUAUUUGCAGAGUUUAAUGUUGCAGAGGUUUCAGACGAAAUAUGUACUCGAGUUUUAGACGUUCUGUACAGACACACAUGUGAUGUUAUUGAAGAAGCAAAGGCUGUUUCUCAUCAUGCUGGUCGAUCCAAAAUUGAAGAGGAUGAUAUACAGUUGGCUAUCAACUCAGUCACUGAAGGACUCAUGUUUGCACCUCCCUAUAAAGACCAGUUACUAGCUUAUGCUGAGAAAAAUGAACAACCACUACCGGCUAUCCGUCCUCACUGUGGUAUUCGUUUACCAGCAGAUCGCUUCAAUCUCACGGCUCCAAAUUAUACACUUGCAUCCGCUGCAGAGAAUGGAAAGAACCCGUCUUCUGAAAUUGUCAGUGAUUCCUCAAUAACUGUUCAUAUUUCCAACCCUGUAAAUUCUCCGAAGAAUAUAUUUAGAGCUAUAAAUCCUACGAAUAGACCAAUCAGUGUUGGCAAUCCUCUGGGACAAUCUGUUCAUGUUAUCGCGGCACCUGGAAUAGGUCCAUCUAUGAUUCGUGUACAGACUGUUCAAAAUGUAGCUCAGUUAUCUGGUGUUGACAACAGUGGUACUGGUUUGAGAACGCUACCCGUUGGUCCUGCUGUUUCUAAUGUUAUGUCUAUGAACCGACGUUUCAUGGAUACAUCAUAGUACUGUUUCAAAUGAAAACAACUUGAAGAAUAUUCGUCUAAAUAAUAUCAACUUUUAAUCUUUCCAUCUGAAUUAGUUGUGAAUUUACAGAUUAAUUAUCAGAAUAAUUUAUUCUGUAUUAGUGUAAAUAACUAUUAUUUGU